AGGGCGGUCAGGUGCAAGGGGGCGGGGGCUCCAGGCCUGGGGCCGCGGGGCCGGGGCGGGCCGGCCGGCGGGGCAUUUAAACCCCACUGCUGCUGGCUGGCGCACACCGCUCCGCGCUCUCCUGCGUCGCCGUCGCCGCCUCCCUCGGGCACCGGCCGGCAAGAUGCGGUCCUCCUUGGCUCCGGGCAUCUGGUUCCUGCGCGCCUUCUCCAGGGACAGCUGGUACCGAGGCUUUAUCUUGCUGCUUACCUUCCUAAUUUAUACCUGUUACCACAUGUCCAGGAAGCCCAUCAGUAUUGUUAAGAGCCGUCUGCACCAGAACUGCUCAGAGAUAAUCAGGCCCAUCAACGACACCCACAGUCCCAAUGACACCACAUGGUGUAGCUGGUCUCCGUUUGACCAGGACAACUACAAAGAGUUGCUGGGAGCCGUGGACAAUGCCUUCCUCGUGGCCUAUGCCAUCGGCAUGUUUAUCAGUGGGAUUUUUGGGGAGCGGCUCCCCCUCCGUUAUUACCUUUCAGCCGGAAUGCUGCUCAGUGGCCUUUUCACCUCGCUCUUCGGCCUGGGAUAUUUCUGGAACAUUCACGUCCUCUGGUACUUCGUGCUCAUUCAGAUCUUUAAUGGACUCGUCCAGACCACAGGCUGGCCCUCCGUUGUGACCUGCGUUGGCAACUGGUUCGGGAAGGGGAAGCGGGGGUUCAUCAUGGGCAUCUGGAAUUCCCACACAUCCGUGGGCAACAUCCUGGGCUCCCUGAUCGCUGGCGUCUGGGUGAGCGAUCACUGGGGCCUGUCCUUCAUAGUGCCGGGCGUCAUCACCGCUGUCAUGGGCAUCGUCACCUUCCUCUUUCUCAUCGAGUACCCAGAAGACGUGGACUGCACCGCGCCUCAGCACCAUGAUGGGCCGGAAGAGAACCAGAACAAUGCCGAGGACCCUGGGAACAGCCCCUACUGUCACCAGGAGAGCAGCCUGGAGACGGCGGCCAAAUGCUCCAAGGAGCCAAGUGCUCAGCCUGUUGCCAUCAGCUUCUUUGGGGCGCUGAUGAUCCCGGGCGUGAUCGAGUUCUCCCUGUGUCUGCUCUUUGCCAAGCUGGUCAGCUACACCUUCCUCUACUGGCUGCCCCUCUACAUCUUCAAUGUGGCUCACUUUAGUGCCAAGGAUGCUGGGGACCUAUCUACGCUCUUUGAUGUUGGUGGCAUCAUAGGUGGCAUCCUGGCGGGGCUCAUCUCUGACUACACCAAUGGCAGGGCCACCACCUGCUGCGUCAUGCUGAUCUUGGCUGCCCCCAUGUUGUUCCUGUACAACCGCUUCGGCCAGAACGGGAUUGGAAGCUCCAUAGUCAUGCUGAUUGUCUGUGGGGCCCUGGUCAAUGGUCCUUACGCGCUCAUCACCACUGCUGUCUCCGCUGACCUGGGGACUCACAAGAGCCUGAAGGGCAACGCAAAGGCACUGUCCACCGUCACGGCCAUCAUCGACGGCACUGGGUCCAUAGGUGCAGCGCUGGGGCCUCUGCUGGCCGGGCUCAUUUCCCCCACAGGCUGGAACAACGUCUUCUACAUGCUCAUUUCUGCUGACGUCUUGGCCUGCUUGCUCCUCUGCCGGUUGGUGUACAAAGAGAUCCUGGCAUGGAAGUCGUCCCUCAGCAGAGACACAGGCUCUUGUGUGGCCUUAACCCACCCGCGGUAGUAUUUUCCUCCUGUCCAUGACUUUUGUAUAAAGAAAUAUGAGGCCCCGAUUGGAACAGAAGCAUGGAGGGCCCCAGCUGGGUCCCAAACUGCACUCCUGGGCAAGACAAUCACAACUGCCACAGACUGCUGAGGCAAAGCCUCCUGACCUAACACCAGCCAGCCCAGCCCUCAGGAAAACUAAGGAACUGGGAGACUCUCUCCAGGAAGGGGACGGCCAGGCAGAACGGAUGGGGCCAGAGCUGAGUGGUGUCUCCAUCUUGCUGAGGGAAAGAUCUGCUCAGACUCCUGCUUAUUCAGAUUUCAGGACAGAAGGCAGAGACUCCAUAGGGCUAAGGCCUGGAAAAGGCACGUCUCUCCUUCCUGUGUUCAAUCUGAACCUGUCAUCAGUCUGCACCUCUAGGUGGGAUUCUGACCCUGUUUCAGAGCUGCCCAGCCUCUCAUCUUCCCUUUACCCACAAGCUCUUUUCUCUCCCCGUGAUCCUGUUUCUAACUCCUGAUCCGUUUGGAUUAAAGCAUUUUCGCCCGUCCAGGGCUGGGGCGAGCGUGGAGCAAGGGAGGUGGCAGUCCUCGGCUGGCACCUGAGAGUGAGGGCUUCCCUUGCCUCUUCCUCGUCCCAGCCCUCGAUGUCCCGAGUGGAAGACGACAUGUGAGGGCAGUGCGGUGGGGGGAAGGGUGGGGAGUGGGGGCCAAGACUGAAAAAUACCCUGUAUUUUGAUAAAAAUACCAGUGUUUUGAUAAAGAAGUGCCACUGAGUGCUCAUUGGGUGCCAGCUCUACUCUCGGAACGGAGUAGACAGUGGACACAGGACAAGGACCUACGACCUGAGUGCAGGCACCAGGGUGGCAGGAUUGUUUCCUCCCGGAGCCUUUACACAGGCAGCUUCCUGGAGCUCUGUGCGGUGGCCUCUCCUCCCCCGGGUUCCCCAUGUACUUGUUCUGUCCACCUCACAUCCCGGGGCGAGCUCAUGGCAUUUCUGUCGGACCUCUGAAGCCCCUGCCAGCACCAACAUUUCUUGCUGGCUGCGCCGUGCUAGUCUUUGUCGGGGCUCCCAGGGGCUGUCGAGGCAGCGUCCCGGUCCUGGGGCGUGUGCCGGGGCUGGUCACAAUGCGCAUUCCCAGAGGACAUGGUCAGACGACACUGAUGACCUGCGUGCAGGGCAAACCGGGAGUUUGGAGCCUCACGUAAGAUAGAACCAUUGCACUGACCGGGAGCCGGUGCAUUAGCUGGAUGCAAAUCCCUCCGCGCUGAACUAGGAUGUACACACGCGCCAGUGGGGACAUAAACGUACGUCGCCAAAUACUUGACUUUGAAAGCAGGAGCCCGUCGGGCACUGACUGUUCCCUCUGGUCCUCAGGCCCCACAGGGCAGCAGCCAGAGUGCGUGGCUUUGUGCUCGCUGUUCAGGAACGCAGCUUUGAGGACGAGAAAGGUUUACCCGCCACCAUCCCUCCGGGGAGCCGCUAGGUGGUGCCAUAACCCCAUGGUAGAGUCCAGCGUGAACCUGGGCUCCCUGUCCUGGUCCCUCGGGGACAGAGGAGCAGAGGUUUCUUCAUUUGCCAACUGUCGGCUUUCCUUCCACUGCAGACAGGUCAGAGUAGGAGGGAGGACAUUGUUCCUCUUGGGCAAUUUUGAGGUCUUCUCUCCACCAGCCUCACCACUUACUAGCUUUUAGCCUGUUUCUUCGUCUAGAAAAUAGUACUAAGACUACCUACCUCAGAGGACUGGUGGGAAGGGCGAUAAAUGGGCGUGAGACACUUCGCUCCCUUGAGGAGCUUGUCUAGUGAGGGGAGAAGACAGGAAUAGGAAAACGACGUUUAUAAAUGACACAGGAAAAAACAAGAGGGGCAUGGACUCAAGUUGAGCCUUUGCCACCCACUAGUCCAGCCCUGAAGGGAUGGGACCGGCAGGAGGGUGAUAGCAAUGGCAGCAGGAGGAGAAAAUGGGACGGGCACAUGGAGGAAGAAUGAGUAGGACCUGGGCAGGUAGGUUGCUAAAGGAGUGAGGGGAUGUAGAAGAGGGAGACAGUCAAAAGGAAUAUUUAUCAGGCCCUGACGUGUCAGGCAUGGGGGCUGGGAAAUGAGCAGGACACAGCGGCUCAUGCCAGCAGGCAAGUUGGUACCAGGCAGAGGCAAAAGUCACGUGGGAGCUCAGAGCCUGGCCUCAGACAUGAGGACUAGGGCUGUAGGUGGGAGUUCAGGGAAAUACCAACGGUUGGGGAUCCACCCUUAGACCCGACCUUCCCCUCGCGUCUCCCAGGUCCCAGGUUCCCGGCCCCACCUCAGCUCUGGGCACUGACUGUUCCCCAGAGGCCUGGGACCUGCCUUCUCUCUGGGCCGCAGCACUCACUCGGGAAUAAUGCAAGAACAUUACAUUAAUUAGUUAUUCAUUUAAUUUAACUUCACAUUUGGUCUCAAUUAAGUUUAAAGUGUUCUUCCUUAUAGAUGUUACAAUAGCACUUGUAAUUAAAAAGCAAUAACUCUUUGCAUUUCUCCUUUAGUGAUCCAUUGGGAGGCUGGGCUGGUGAGGGAGCAGGGGGAGGAAUGCAGCAAGGAAAAGAUCGGGAAAGCAGCUCUUGGUAGAUCUUCGCACCCUGAGGCGCCCACUAAAACUGAAGUUGGGGGGAAGGAAAUUCUUCACAGAUCACGUGUGUCAGGGUGGGAGCCCUGAGAAUUGGAGAGUGGUACUAGAGAUAAAGGAGCAGACCUUGUAUGUUACAGACUGGGAGUAGGGAGAGGAUGGAAGAUAGAGGGUGCAAGGAGGCAAUGCUUAGAAAUUGAAGAUGGGGCCAGAUAUUGUGGCAGGCAGAAUGCUGCCCCUCCCCCAAGAGGUCACAUCCUAAUGCCCAGAACCAGUGACAACAUUAUCUUACAGGGCAGAUGAGAAUGCAGGUGUGAUUAAGGACCGUGAGAUGGGGAGACUACCCUGGAUUAUCAAGGUGGGCCCAAUGUAAUCACACGGCUCCUUAUAAAUCAAAGAGGGAGGCGAGAGUGUCAGGUGUCAGAUUAGAAGAUGCAGGCUUUGGAGAUACAGGGAGGGUGUACCAGCCAUGGAAUGUGGGCAGCCUCUAGAAGCUAAAAAAGGCAAGGAAAUGGGAUUUCCCUCUAGAGCCUCCAAAACCUUUAUUUGAGCCUCAUGGAACCCACUGCAUAUUUUUGACCUCCG